AUGGUAUGUGAAGUUAACACGAAUUGUUUGGAUAAUCAAGAGGCUACAUCCAAAGAUCUAAAAACGAUGAUCUCGAUGAUACUCUCGAUCCUUCCUCCUAUCGUGAUUGACGGACUAUCAGCGAAGACUCGCGUUAAAAAUCGUUCAAUAGUGGCCGAGCCAGCGUAUAGGAACGUAGUCAUGCCGCGGUUCUUCGCAUUAGCUUGCGUCGCCACGAUUCUCUUGAUGAUGUUUCAAGUAGCUUCGUUGGAGGAACCAAUUGAAAGGGUGGCUAGAAGCCCGGAUAGUGCAUUUCACAGGGAAUCGUCGCCUUUAUUUCUUUUCCAUUUAUUCAAACUGAAAAAGAAGAUUCAAACGAUUGAAAAAGUGGUAACUACGCCAACCACAGCGGACUGUAUUUGUGUGCCGUACUAUUUGUGCGAUUCUAAUCGUACGGUCAUUACCGAUGACAUUGGAAUGAUCGAUAUUAGGUAUCGAAGAUGCACCGGAGAUCUAGAAGUAUGCUGCCGGCCACGAAACGCGACAACUACUACUACCACAACUACCACUAAAGCCACAACGACAACUAUGAAAACCACCCCAACUACAACUACGACGGCUAAGCCAACUACGACGACCACUUCAACUCUUCCACCGGUGAUCUUUCCAAACACAGAGCAAACUACUGUAGUUUGUGUGUGCGUACUCGUAUCACAAUGCGAUCCGAACGGAAUCGUCGGUUCGUCGGGUGAAGGCGUGAUCAAUCCCCGUUUGCAAUACGUCUCCCAGUGUCAGAGCAGUGAGACAGUGUGCUGCAGGCCAUCAAGCGUGAUUCAAUACACCUAUAACCCGCCAGUUACCACCCAGCAAGUUUGUACGCUCUGUGGAAACACCAUUCAGUGCAGCAAUGGUGUUGUAGUCCCUGUCAACGUAGGAGUGGUGAACCCUGCGGUGACUUACGGUCAACAAACAUGCCCUGUGCCUACCACCUGCUGUCAAGGGUUGAAUCCAUUGUACGGAAACGGGAUUCCAGUAGUGAUUGGCCCUAUAAGGAACUCUGGUACAUCUCAGGCGUGUUAUUGUAUGAAAAGUUGGCUUUGCACACCGGGCAACUCGGUUACCUCUAAUGGGGCUGGCGCCAUCGAUCCAAGGUUUUCUGCUUGUGGAACUGCAGAUCAGGUUUGCUGUAGGGCUACCACGAUUAGUGCACGGAGUAGCGGAGAUCUGCAGGGGCGUGGAGAGAGUAUAGUGAACGGAGAGGCUUCGUUUUCUCUGCCUGGAUGCGGCGUUCAGAAUAAAACGUACGCGCCAGUACAAUCCCCUCCUGUGGACACCGGGAAAACUUAUUUUGCAGAGUUUCCGUGGAUGGUAGGGCUUCUAACGGUACAAGCGGAUGGCCAAUUUCUAUUCCAGUGCGGUGGAUCCAUGAUCACCAAUAAUGCCGUUCUCACUGCCGCCCAUUGUGUCACAAACCGAGACAAUGGAAGACUGAUAGCUCGUUUUGGCCAAUGGGACUUGGAAAGCCAACCGGGUGGCCAACUACUGCCCUUUCAAGACGCGAACGUAAAGGCCAUAGUGACCCAUCCCUUGUUUUACAGCGGUGCACUGUUCAAUGACAUAGCUGUGGUCAUACUGAAUACUCCCGUUAAACAGAAUGUUAACGUCGCUCCCAUUUGCAUACCGCAACAGGGAUUAACUUUUCCUGUUGGUACCAGGUGCAUUGGCACUGGCUGGGGAAAGAAUUCGUUUGGUGGAACGUAUCAGACAGAGCUACGAAAAGUGGAGCUUCCAAUCGUGGCCGGAGCUGAUUGUCAAAACCGACUGCGAACCACAAGAUUAGGUCCAUAUUUUCAGUUGCAUAGUUCGUUCACUUGUGCAGGUGGUGAAGCAAAUAGAGACACGUGCCGUGGGGACGGUGGCGGACCUUUAGCCUGUCCAACGGCAACUGGACAAUACUUUCAGGCUGGUAUAGUGUCUUGGGGAAUUGGUUGUGGCUCUUCGAAUAUUCCCGCUGUUUACACUAACGUUGCGCAGUACACGCAAUGGAUCGAACAACAAUUGGCGACUUACGCGGCCGUAAACCAGACAGAAUAUAUUCGAAAUGGCAAGGAACUGGAAAUAAAAGACGAGAAUUGGCAGAGGCGAUACUUGACCUUAGCAUACUCUACGGACAAAUCACGGUCUCCACGCCUGGCACGCCGCAAUCGUGCGUUGUUCUUUGAAGAGGAAACUGGUCUUCCGUUUAUAAUCAGGAUCGAAUUACAGACCUCCAGCAUCAUAAUGUGGAGAAUUCUAUUAACAUUGGCGUUGGCCAGCUAUUCAUUGGGUGCUCCUCAGCAAGGGGAUGGCAAAAUCGACGACUUGAUAUCGAGUAUCUUUGGGUCAGGCCCUCAAACCACUCAAACAAGCCAACCCACUCUUCAAACCGCUCCGGACCCAGUUACACAACAGAAUUUUAGCGGCAACUUGGAUUCCUUGAUCGACAAUGUGUUCGGCGGUCCACAAUCCGCCACUACUCCAGUCACCAUUUUAGGGACACAGAACAGACCGGACAAACCUGCAGAGGACUGUGAAUGCGUGAAAUAUUAUCUGUGUCGUGACGGGACCAUUUUGGAGAACGGAUUAGGAGUGAUUGAUAUCAGGUCUGAUCUUGGUGACGAUAAUAAAAUAUUGGGAGGGUCUACAUGUCCAGAUUACUUGGAGGUCUGCUGCAAAGCGCCAAACAGAACAGACAUAAAACAGACACCACCGCCAAUUAAGAGAAACGGCUGUGGUCAACGACACGCCGAUGGUGUUGGUUUUAGAAUUACCGGUGACAGCAACAAUGAAGCCCAAUUCGGUGAAUUCCCGUGGAUGGUAGCUAUCCUGAAGGAAGAAACUUUUGGCGAGAGCAAAGAGAAAUUGAACAUCUAUCAAUGCGGAGGCUCUUUGAUUCACGCGCAGGCCGUUUUAACCGCAGCUCACUGCGUGCAAGGGAAACAAGCGUCAGAAUUGAGAGUUCGUGCUGGAGAAUGGGACACACAGACCAAGAAUGAAAUCUUCCCACACCAGGAUCGUACUAUACGGAAUGUGGUAAUACACGAGAAGUAUUAUGCCGGAGCUCUUUUCAACGAUUUCGCCUUACUGAUCUUGUCGGAGCCGAUGAAUUUAAUGGAGAACGUGGACAUUGCUUGCCUUCCAGAGAGAAACGCUGUCUUCGAUGGCUCUCGAUGCUUCGCCAGUGGUUGGGGUAAAAACGUGUUCGGGCAAAAGGGUCAUUACCAGGUAAUCUUGAAGAAGGUAGAAUUGCCAGUGGUGCCACGUGAUCAAUGUCAGGAGAGUUUACGGAAAACUAGAUUAGGAAAGUACUUCGUUCUCCAUGAGACUUUCAUGUGCGCUGGUGGAGAGGCUAAAAUAGAUACUUGCAAGGGUGACGGAGGAAGUCCUCUUGUUUGUCCACUGAAAAACAAUCCAGGGACGUACCUACAAGCAGGCAUCGUGGCAUGGGGAAUCGGUUGUGGCGAAGAUGGUACUCCAGGUGUUUACGCGAACGUAGCCACAGCGCGAGAUUGGAUCGACGAGCAAAUGGCAUUCUAUAAUUUGGACAACACUGUGUAUAAUCCUCUAUAGACUGACUGGUUUUCUGAACUAUUUCGUAAAUUUUCACGCAUUCCAAUUACCACUGUUUUCUCAUCGAAAUACUGUUGUAUUAUUUGUAUUUUACUUUCAAACUAAUAAAGCGCGCGAAGCCAUUACUUGAUCCUUGAA